CUCCCAUUACAUGCGGGCCAUGAAAGCUUCCUUUUAUCUCUAUCUCUGCAUAAGUCCAUGAGCGCUCGUUCGUACUACUCCUCAUAGCGUCCCACUGCUCCAUCCUGAUACAUAGUAUACCCUCGCAACCCCCAGGACCCAAAGCGUAGCCUUGUCUACCCCAUCCCCAAAAUGGCCCCAGCAGCAACUUCAUCCGCCCCGACAUCAACUUCUUCUACAACCGCAACCGCUUCUUCUUCCUCCACCCCCAGAAGCGGCUUCGGCACCGCCAGCAUCGUCGCUAUCACCAUCUUCGCCCUCUUCGUGGUCAUCGCCGUCCUAUCCGGAACCCUCUUCUUCCUCAACCGCCGCCGGCAGCACGCCAAGCUCCCACCAGACCAACGUCCUACUUCCACCUAUCGCCCCUACCGCUCCUCAUCCUCGAAGUCAAAGUCAGCAUCCAUCGGUCUCCUCGCCAACGCCGAUACACCGGGAUCCGCCGUCGACGACAAAGCGUCCAUGUUCAGCCGCGACUCGGCUACCCUAUCACUAUACGUACCCGAGGAGCACGAGGGCUUGAGGCGGAGUAGCAUCAGUAGUCCGACUCUGGUGCCGAUUAUCGUGAGCCCGGCAGAUGAAGGCCAUGAUCCGUUCAGUCCGGCAGGGAGGAGGGGGAGGGGCAUGAGCAUAAGGUCUGGGAACGAAGAGCAGGAUCUGGGCGUGGCGAGGGGGAGGGUGAGGAGCGCGAGUACGGCGAGUGUGAGGUACUAUGACUCAAAGGCGGGUGCGACGCCGCCGCCUGUGCCUGCGUUGCCGCCGUCAUGAGUAGGAAUUGAGAAUGGGUACGGGGUGCAUAGAAUUUUUGUCAAGCCGUGAGGGGUAUUGCGUUGGUUUGAUCCUGCAUUUUUCUUCUCAAUCGAGUCGUCAUGCGAGCGCUCUUUGGAUAGCCUUGGAACCCUCACCAUUUCGGAUAUCUAGGGAUUGGGAGGAGGCUACAAGAAGUAAGAUCCUGGUGGAGAAAGACUGGGCUGAGGAUGCCACGGUUUCGCAACAUGCUGCGAGAAGCGGCGCGAUGAUGGAUACCCCGUAUAUACACGCAUCUCACACUCCACGGUAACAAAUGAAAAUGAAAUUACAAGAC